AUGCCCUCCAAAUCCACCUCUCGAAAGAGUAAAGGAGGAAAAGAAAACGAACGAUUCUCUUUUCCGGCGGUGCCGAAAAACUGCGUCGUCACCGGUGGCACCGGUUUCGUCGGCCGACGAUUAGUCGAAAUGCUCGUCGAACGAGGCGCUGAGAAAGUCGUCGCGUUUGACAUCAGUCCGAAACCAUUGGACGUCGUGGACGAUGACAAUGAUGCGAAGAAGGAUUCAAAACGCAUAGUGUGGAUGCAAGGGGAUUUGAGAAAGUUAUCGGAUGUGAAGAAAGCGAUCAAAGGCGCGGAUUGCGUGUGGCACAUCGCCGCGUUGGUGGGACCGUAUCACGAGAAGGAGAUGUACGAACAGGUGAACCACGUCGGGACGAAGAACGUGAUCGAGGCGAUGAAGUUUCACGGGGUGACAAAGUGCGUCAUGAGUUCAAGUCCGAGCACGCGGUUUGAUGGGAACGAUAUCAACGGGUUGAGAGAGGACGAGUUAGAUUUUCCAAAAGUGUUUUUACAAGAAUACGCCGAGUCGAAAGCGAGAGGCGAGAAGGCGAUGAUGAAGGAGAAUAACAAUAAAGAUUUUUUUAGCGUAGCCGUGGCGCCGCACCAGGUGUACGGGCCGAGAGAUUACUUGUUCUUGCACAACUUUCUGUUGAACGCGAAACGGUUGCGGAUUUUUGGCGACGGGGAAAACUUAAUAUCCGCGUGUUUCGUGGAUAACUAUUGCCACGGUUUGAUUUUAGGCGAACGCGCGUUGUACCCGGAUUCCCCGGCGUUGGGUAAGUUUUACAUCUGUACCGACGGCGAACCGAUUAAACUGUGGGAAAUGAUUGAUAACGCGUUCGUCCGACUCGGCUUUAGAAGUUUAAAAACCAAGUUUGGGUUACCUGGUUGGGGAUUUAUGAUGCCGCUGGCGAAAGCGUGCGAUGUGGUUGGCUACGUUCUCGGUAAAAAAUUCAAACUGACGCCAUUUUCUGUUCGAAUGUUACUCAUCAACCGUUACUUCGACAUCUCCAACGCGAAAAGAGACUUGAACUACGAACCCAUAUACUCCUACGACGACGCUUGGGAAAUAACCAUGGAUUGGUUCGAGAAAGAGUGGAUGCCGAAACACGCUCCCGAGGUGGAAGUGCCGACGAAGAAAGGUGGGAACGCGAAGAAACGGUAA